UGAAAGAAAACCUGCUUGUGAUCCAAAGAUGCCUAAAUUCAUUGUUAACACAAAUAUAAGCAAGGAUAAGAUUCCAGAAUCUUUUACAGGGGAGCUGACCCAACAGUUAUCAAAAGCAUUGGACAAACCAGCACAGUAUCUAGCAAUACAGAUCUCUCCUGAUCAGAUGAUGUCCUUCGGUGGCUCCACAGACCCUUGUGCUAUAUGCUUUCUCUACAGCAUUGGCAAGAUAGGGGAGCAGGAGAACAAGGUCUACUCCAAAUUGCUUUGUGAUCUGCUGAACAAAGAGCUGAAAAUACCAUCUGAGAGAAUCUACGUCAGCUUCUUCAACAUCAGCCCUGGCAACGUAGGCUGGAACAACAACACCUUUGCUUGAGGUGCC